AUGAACUCUUCCCAGCAGAGCAGGGUCGAGGGGGAGGUGAGAGAGCUGCAGGGCAAGCGGGCCGGUACUUGGGCAGCCACCGCCUCGUGGUGGGAUGGGGACAAGCGGGCCCUCGGGAGACCCAGCGAGUGUGAAAUCGUACCUGGCGAUCUGUCGGGCGAGGGUUGGCUUCCGGGCAGCUGGUGCCAGUCGAUGACAGCCGCCCGUCAAGGCCUGGCAUCGAGGGGCAGAGUCCCGUGCGUUGGCAGCAGCCUGGAAACGAAUCUCGUGCCCAAGAGCUGGUUGGCGUGUUGCCCGCCGGGGUGGGCGUUCCUUCUCAAACACUGGAUAAAAUGUUACUGUGUUUCCGUCUUCAGGGUGGAUUCCAAUGUGGACCGGAAGAUCAGUGCCAGCGAGAUGCAGCGAUGGAUCAUGGAGAAAACUGAGGAGCAUUUCCAACAAGCUGCUAAAGAAAAUAAAAUGUACUUCAAAACAGUGGACCCGGAUGGUGAUGGUCAGGUAUCCUGGGAUGAAUAUCGAAUCAAGUUUCUGGUUAGCAAAGGAUUCAACGAGAAGCAAGUGGCAGAGAAAAUCAAGAACAAUGAAGAGUUGAAGAUCGAUGAGGAGACUCAGGAAGUGCUGGAUAAUUUGAAGGAUCGCUGGUUCCAGGCUGACGAGCAUCCCACAAACCAGCUCCUGAACGAGGACGAGUUCUUGGCCUUUCUGCACCCGGAGCACAGCCGCGGGAUGCUCACCUUCAUGGUGAAAGAAAUCAUCCGCGACCUCGAUCAGAAUGGAGACAAGACGCUGACAGUCUCGGAGUUUAUCUCGUUACCCGUCGGCACGGUGGAAAACCAAGAGGCCCAGGACAUUGAUGAUGACUGGGUCAAGGAGAGAAGGAAGGAGUUUGAGGAGGUGAUCGAUGGCGAUCGGGACGGGAUUGUCACCAUGGACGAGCUGGUGGAAUACAUGGACCCCAUGAACGAGUACAGUGCCCUGAAUGAGGCCAAGCAGAUGAUCGCUGUGGCCGACGAGAACCAGGACCACUACCUGGAGCUGGAGGAGAUCUUGAAGUACAGCGAGUACUUCACGGGCAGCAAGCUGAUGAACUACGCCCAGAGUGUACACGAGGAGUUCUAACCCUCCCCGCAGUCCCCACCGGCCACUAUCUCCUCAGCUGCAAAAACCAGAACUGCGCUUUUAACAAAACCCGCUUUUUUACAUUUCUCCCAUCGGUGUCCUGUGUCGGUGUGAUUGCCCCAACUGCUCGGAAACGCUGACGAACGCGAGAACGCUGCCGUGUGGGAAGUCUCCGUGAUAGACCGGCGUGGGGUGAGCUCUGACGCUCUUCUUGGUGAAGGACUGCGCAGUUAGAGGACUGCUCGCGGAGCAGUGGGUGGUGGAAGCCUUGGUCUGAUUCACGGGAAGGGGAGAACGUGGUCCACAAAGGACUCUGUGUGCCGAGUCUCCACAGGAAUACAACACGCCACUGGUAUGCCGUGAAGAGCUUCCAGCUGGAGUGUAGACACAAGGAACUGCAGAUGCUGGUUUACCAAAAAAAGUGCUGGAGUACCUCAGCGGGUCAGGCAGCGUCUCUGGAGAACAUGGGCAGGUGACGUUUCAGAUCGGGGCCCUUAGUUUGAAGAAGGGUCCCGACCCGAAACGUCACCUGUCCAUGUUCUCCAGAGGUGCUGCCUGACCCUCUGGUUUACUCCAGCACUCUGUGCCUCUUUCUCCCGGCGUGAGUGGCUCUGUAUCUGGGGCUGAAGUGGUUUAGUUACUUGUAGCACUUGUUCAGGCAAAGGAAUCAUGUUGUGUGUGGAGUUCCAGGCUGGAUCAGCACCCAUCGCAAAGUCAGCAUGGAGCUAACACUGAAUAACCAAAGGUUGCCAGACUCCGAAUAUUGAUCACUAAUCACAGGGGAACGGCCAGGUUCAAAUACUUUCUGAUCACUGCAAGCAUAAUGAUUAAUCCCUCUGGGCGGAACGCACUCUUCUCUGCCCACUGUAUUUUAAAUUGUACAAGUUACUCAGCUGUGGCUACAGAAUAUGUCUUGUGCAAAUUCACCACCAAUGUUGGAUGCAAAAUGCUGGGGUAAGUCAGCGGGACAGGCAGCAUCUCGGGAUGGAAGGAAUGGGUGACGUUUCGGGUCGGGAUCCUUCAGACUGAGAGUCAGGGGAGAGGGAAGACACAGAGAUAUAGAAGAGUACGGUGUGAAAACGAGACAUCAAAGGAGAUGAUUUUUCUUCCCACUCAUGUCCAACAUUGUUAGGUGUGACCAAUUCAUAAACAAGCAAAAACAACUAACUCCCCAUUUUAUUUUUGAGUACUUAUGUUUAAAUUUGUCCAUAAAUCAGAGGUACAGGAUGCAGCCAGGUUGUUUCUGUAAAAUGGGGUUGCUGAAAGCUUUGAGCUUGUGUGAAGAAUUUUGUUUUCUUUCAAGUACUAAUCCAAAUGUCAUUUCCCAGUCAGUGCAGUUUUAUCAACAAAAUCCUACCCACCAUUUUGUGUACCGCAGAAUAUGUUCUGGGUAUCCACAAUGAUUGACUAUUUCAGCAAGCUUUUCUAUCCAAGAAUUAGUUCCGAGUCUGCCUUACUACUGUAAUCGGGAUUACUCUUGCAAAGAGCGUAAUUCUCUCAAAAUGAACGAGCCUGUCUGAUUACGCUCGUUCAUUCGUCUGCACAUUUGCUUUGAUAAUUUAACUUUUGUUUCUUUGUGCUUGACAUUUGUAGUUGAUAUUUAUUGCUCAAAUGGAAUCUGUUUGCUGCAUCUGCACUUAAGAAAUGAAAUAAAAUCAUGAAUCAGA